AUGCCGCUUCCCGACACCAUGUUCUGCGCGCAGCAGAUCCACAUUCCCCCGGAGCUGCCGGACAUCCUGAAGCAGUUCACCAAGGCGGCCAUCCGCACCCAGCCCGCCGACGUGCUGCAGUGGUCCGCGGGAUAUUUUACAGCUUUGUCAAGAGGAGAUCCACUUCCUGUAAAGGACAGAAUCGAAAUGCCCGUGGCAACCCAGAAAACAGACACAGGCCUGACUCCAGGACUCCUGAAAGUUUUGCACAAGCAGUGUGGCCACAAGCACGAUGUGGAAUUAGCAGAUCUUGAGCAGAAGUGGAAAAAUUUGUGCCUGCCAGUAGAAAAAUUCAGAGCUCUCUUAGAGCUGGAUCCUUGCAAAAAGCAAAUCGAGUGGAUAAAAUUCUUAGCGCUUGGAUGUAGCAUGCUUGGUGGGUCUGUGGACCCCAAGUGA